GCAGGCGCCGCCGUGGGCCCGAGGAGGAGGGCGGCUCGCCCCGGGACGGCAGCCCCAUGCGCUGCCAGGUCUCCGUGCUGUAUUUCGCCAGGAGCGCGGAGCUGGCGGGGCUGCGCUGCGAGACCCUCUCGGUGCCUCGGGAGAUCACAUCUCUGCAGCUCUGGGAGGAGAUCGUCAAGGUCCGCCCCAGACUUGCUGCCAUCCGGGAUCAGGUGAUAUUUGCUGUUCGACAGGAGUACGUACUUCUUGGAGAUCAGCUUCUGGUCCUGCAGCCUGGAGACGAGGUUGCCAUCAUCCCACCAAUUAGUGGAGGCUGAACCUGGCCAGGUUCUUCUAGUGUGGUUCCAAUAACUGAAGCAAGUGUAAUUAUUGCAGUCUCCUCUCCACACAGAGCAGAAUCCCUUGAAGCUGUAAUGUACUGCAUCAAUACCUUAAAAGCAUCUGUCCCAAUAUGGAAAAAGGAGAUUUACGAAGAUGAAUAUUCUUGGAAGGAAAACAAGGAAUGCUUUUGGGCAAAUUCAGAAAAAUAAUUGUACUCUUUUGAAAAUAAAGUGUUACUCUUCCUAAUGAA